AGAAAAUAAAAGAAAACAAAAAGGGAAGAAAGGAAGGUGAAUAGCAGGGAAGUCCCUUGUGCCCAUCUCGUAUACUUUUUCUAAACUGCUCACUUUCCCUAUUUUGUCUUUCAUUUUCCCUGCCUUUUCCUGUUGACUCUUAUUUUCCGGGAAAAUCACGAUGUUGGAGAAAAUCGGAUUGCCGCCAAAGCCAUCACUGAGGGGAAACAUUUGGGUAGUCGAUGCUUCUCAUUGUCAGGGAUGUUCUUCUCAGUUCACCUUUAUCAAUCGCAAGCAUCAUUGCCGCAGGUGUGGAGGCUUGUUCUGCAACAGUUGCACCCAGCAACGAAUGGUUUUACGUGGACAAGGUGAUUCACCAGUGCGUAUUUGUGACCCCUGUAAAAAUCUAGAAGAGGCUGCACGCUUUGAGAUGCGACACGGGCACAAGAAUAGAUCUGGAAAAGGUAGCUCAAGAUUGACAUCAAAGCAUGAGGAUGAAGUUUUGAACCAAAUUCUUGGGAAAGACGGAAAGGAAUCCUUUUCAUCAGGACGAGAGUCCACUAGUGAUACGGUUUCCAGUAUUGAAAGGUCAACGAGCAGUGCAUCAUGUUCAAAACUUGAAGAACUUUCCAGUCAGGAUAUGGAAGGGCAAAUAGUUACCAGUCUCACUGUCAAUGAGCCCAAUCAUGUGCCUGGUGAGAUGGGAUCAAUUAGCCCUGAGGAAUUGCGUCAACAAGCCCUGGAUGAAAAAGGGAAAUAUAAGAUUUUAAAAGGAGAAGGAAAAUCUGAGGAAGCUCUGAAAGCCUUUAAGAGGGGAAAGGAGCUUGAGAGGCAGGCUGGGGCUUUGGAGAUAUCUUUAAGGAAAAGUCGUAAAAGGGCAUUGUCUUCAAGUAACAUUGCAGAGAACCAGAAAAUUAUGGAUGGCCCUAAAGAAUCAGGCAGAAAAAAUAGACUUCUUCCUCAAAUGGGAAAAGAAAAGGAUGACCUUGCUGCCGCACUCAGAGAACUUGGGUGGUCUGACAGGGAGCUUCAUGAUGCAGAUAAAAAACCUGUAAAUAUUAGUUUAGAGGGUGAACUCUCUACUCUCCUUAGAGAAGUCCCCCAAAAAACUAAUACGGAUAAGGAAACCCAUGGUAUUGACAAGUCUGAGGUUAUCGCUCUUAAGAAAAAGGCUCUCAUGCUUAAGCGGGAAGGCAAGCUCAUCGAAGCAAAGGAAGAACUGAAGAGAGCUAAACUUUUAGAAAAGCAGCUUGAGGAACAGGAAUUCUUGGCUGAGGCUGAAGAUUCUGAUGAUGAGAUAUCCUCUUUGAUUCGUAGUAUUGACAAUGAUAAACAAGGUGAUUUUUCAAUUGGGUACAACCCGGCGAAUGAUUUCGACUUUGAUCACCUUGUGGGCAUGGCUGAUGAUAUUGGUCUUGAUGGUAAUUUCGAAGCUAUGGAUGAGGAUAUGGAUGAUCCUGAAAUGGCUGCUGCUUUAAAAUCAUUAGGUUGGAGUGAAGAUUCUCAUCAUCCUGUGGACAUUGUGGCCCAGUCUGCCCCUAUUGAUAGAGACACCCUUUUACAUGAAAUUCAAUCUUUGAAAAGAGAGGCUCUCAAUGAAAAAAGGGCAGGUAAUACUUCAGUGGCAAUGGUACUGCUCAAGAAGGCCAAAGUACUUGAAAGGGACCUUGAUGGCUUUGAUUCUCAAGGAGACAACUCAUCUGCAAAUGAUCCUGCGAUGUUUCAGAAGGGUUCGACUUCUCAAACUGCAGAUAACUCAUUGAUGUUAAAUAAGGCGGAUGAUAAAAAUGUUAAUGGGAUGAAAAUUGUGGAACCUAAAAUGGCACCAAAAAGUAAAUUAAUGAUUCAAAAAGAGCUUCUGGGUCUGAAAAAGAAGGCUCUUGCUUUGAGAAGGGAAGGAAGAUUAGACGAGGCAGAAGAAGAAUUGAAGAAAGGGAAGGUUCUUGAGCAGCAGCUUGAAGAGAUGGACAAUGCCUCCAAGGUAAAGUUUACACAGGUGAAUGUUAGCAGUAAGCAUCCUGAUAUUUCUGGAACCCUGAACCUUGGUGAUGUGGGAGAAGAAGGUGAUGUAACUGAUCAGGACCUGAAUGAUCCAAUGUAUCUUUCACUUCUAAGUAAUAUGGGUUGGAAGGAUGAAGAUAAUGAAACUGUAAGCUUUCCAUCAAAAUCUCGGAAACAAAAUGAUAGUUUAUCUACACAGAUUGCUGAUUCCUCCAUUAUACAGGCUCCUACAACUACCCCAGUAGGGGCAUCUAGAAGAAGCAAAGGUGAAAUCCAGAGAGAACUCUUAGGAUUGAAAAGAAAGGCCUUUGCUCUGAGACGUCAAGGAGAGACUGAGGAGGCAGAAGAAGUGUUGAGACUGGCAAGGGUGUUAGAGGCUCAAAUUUCAGAAAUGGAAGCACCAACAAAAGAAGCUCCUGUUGAAAAUAAGUACAAGGACGACAAAGCCAUCAAAUAUCCCCUUGAAAGUUCAUCUGACAAAGGAGAUGAAGGGGAUGCAACAGAAAAGGAUCUGGGUGAUCCUGUACUUCUCUCAAUGCAAAAAAAUUUGGGGUGGAAGGAUGAAGACAGACCUGAAACCACACAAGCAGAACCCUUUAAACAAAAUGCUGGUAUUUAUACACAUUCUACUGACCCAUCUGUUAUUCAAUACAAUUCUGAAGUUCCAGUCAUAUCACCUAGAAAAAGCAAAGGAGAAAUCCAAAGGGAACUCUUGGGUUUGAAAAGAAAGGCUCUCACUCUUAGAAGGCAAGGGAAAACUGAAGAGGCUGAGGAAGUGCUGAGGAAUGCAAAGAUAUUGGAAGCCCAAAUGGACAUGGAAGCCCCAAGAACAGAGCUUCUGCUUGAUCCUUCUAAGGAUAAAGAUCUCGAGAGUUUUGAAUCUUUGAUUACCACUGAAAAACAUGGUAGUAUGAAGGAUGUGGUUGAAGUAAAUAAGCAGUCAGUCCAGGCGGUAGUAGAUCCAACUGAAAAAGUUGUUGAGUGGGCAACAAGUUCAGGAUUGAAGGAGAGUGAAACAGUGAAGCCUCCCUCAACGAGUUCAGGUCUUUUAAUUCCUGAGAUGUCUCAGAUCGUUGAAGGCAACAAUCCCUUAUUGGUGGACAUUGGUCCACCAGGCAAAAUGGGAAUCUCAGAAGGCACUUAUUUUGUUCCUCCAUCAGACCAGUCUGGAAACAUAAUGGAUUUGCUAACUGGGGACGAGUGGAAUGCUUCUCAUGUACCUUCCGAAAAACAAGAAGGUGAAUGGAAUUUAAGUUCUGGAAUUUCCUCUUUUGCUAAUCCCCCUCUUCUGGUAGAAUCCUUGAAGAGUACCAAUGAAGAUUUGGGAAGCAAAGUUGAUGCUGCACCUCAAAAAAGAGAGGAGAUGGUUGAUGCAGAUAGGAAGCUGCAUGUAAGUGAAGCAAAUUCAGGUCAGGCAAUUGCUUCUCAAAAGAACAAAAGUUCCAUUCAGCAAGAAAUCCUGUCUCAUAAAAGGAAGGCAGUUUCUCUGAAGAGAGAAGGAAAAUUGGCAGAAGCUCGUGAUGAACUUCGGCAGGCAAAACUAUUAGAGAAGAAUUUAGAGGAAGAUGAUCCCCAGCCCAGGUCUAGUCCAAGUGAUACGUCAAUAUCUAGUUCCAGUGUGACUUCCAUUGGACAAAGGACGCAGACUUUGGUAGAUUCAGCUCCAAAAAUGUUAUCUGGUCGUGAUCGUUUUAAGCUGCAGCAGGAGUCCCUCAGCCACAAACGAUCGGCACUGAAGCUAAGACGGGAAGGUCGGAUUGAAGAAGCAGAGGCUGAAUUUGAAUUGGCCAAGGCUCUUGAAACCCAGUUGGAGGAAUUGGCUGCCCAUGAUGCGGCGAAGUCUUCUGCCAAAGGUGCAGAACCAGUAGAUGAUGUGCAUGUCGAUGAUCUUCUGGAUCCUCAACUUUUAUCUGCACUGAAAGCGAUAGGGCUGGAAGAUGCUAGUCCCUUAGCACAAAGCCCUGAAAAACCAGAGCCUGCAAAACUCCACAUUAGUAAGAGUGAUAGCUCUAGCCAAGAGAAAAGCCAAUUGGAAGAGCGGAUCAAGGCUGAGAAGGUGAAGGCAGUAAACUUGAAACGUGCAGGAAAGCAAGCAGAGGCCUUGGAUGCUCUUCGACGGGCCAAAAUGUUUGAAAAGAAGCUCAACUCUUUAACUUCCUGAGACACAGAGAUAUCCCAUUUUAGAGCUAGCACCCAUUGUCCCUUCAUGGAUAUCCCAUUUUAAAACCAUUGAUGAGGUUACCACAAAAACGUACUGGACGACUAGAGAGAAAAUGAAAGCGGCCUCUCCUUCCUCUGGGGGGACAUAUUUCUAGUUCAGGCUGAAGAUUUGGUUGCAGAAAAAUGUAGGAUCCUUGUGAAGUUAUUACAUGUGUUUCUUCGUUGAAAUAAAUAAAACCAUAGUUCUCUUCGGUUCAA